AUGGCCCGUACCAAGCAAACCGCCCGCAAGUCCACCGGAGGCAAGGCCCCACGCAAGCAGCUGGCCACCAAGGCCGCCAGAAAGUCAGCUCCGGCCACCGGCGGAGUGAAGAAGCCCCACAGAUUCAGGCCCGGAACCGUCGCGCUCCGUGAGAUCCGCAAGUACCAGAAGAGCACCGAGCUCCUCAUCCGCAAGCUCCCUUUCCAGCGCCUCGUCCGUGAAAUCGCUCAGGAUUUCAAGACUGAUCUGAGGUUCCAGAGCUCCGCCGUGGCCGCGCUGCAGGAGGCGGCGGAGGCUUACCUCGUCGGGCUCUUCGAGGACACCAAUCUGUGUGCCAUCCAUGCCAAGAGGGUUACGAUAAUGCCGAAAGAUAUUCAGCUGGCGAGGCGCAUUAGGGGUGAGCGUGCUUGAGCUUGAAUUGAAGGGUUUAGUACAGUUUGAGUGGUCUUUGGAAUUAAGGGUUUCGAUGAAAUGUUAGGGUUUAGUACUGAUGGUUGUUUAGAGAUGUAGAUCCGAAGCUUAAUGUUAUGUAAUGGGUUUAUGUUAUGAAUGAAAGUGGCUUAUUUUCCACAAUUUUAUGUCUUGCCUUUUGUCUUUGAAUCCGAAAUCAGUCAUUGUGUUUAAGUUUUAUGCCUUUUGAUUUUGCACUCUUGAUGGAGAAAUGUGUUGUUGAAUGCAAUAGAACCUUGUGCUUGCAAUCUGGGUUUUAAGAAUUGGAAACCUAUUUCCG